AUGGUCCGGAAAUCCCGUGAUAAAAAGAGGGAGCGGGGCGAGCGGGAAGCUCUCGGCUCGGCUCGGCUCCAACUUCAGGGGACCGCUCCGGCCCGCGCCUCGCUGCGGCUGCCCCAUGGACCCGGCCGGCGGGAGCUGCAGGCUGAGCUGGUAGGGCGGGCGCCGAGCCCCCGCUGCGGACCCGGAGGGGCAGGGGCUACCAAAGACAUGGGGAAGAUGUUGGGAGGAGAUGAAGAGAAAGAUCCUGAUGCCGCCAAGAAGGAAGAGGAACGACAGGAAGCCCUGAGGCAGGAAGAGGAGGAAAGAAAAGCCAAAUAUGCAAAGAUGGAGGCUGAAAGGGAAGUGAUGCGACAAGGGAUUCGAGACAAGUACGGGAUAAAGAAGAAGGAAGAAAGAGAAGCCGAGGCCCAGGCCGCGCUGGAAGCCAAUGCCGAGGGGAGUCUGACGCGUCCAAAGAAGGCCAUACCCCCCGGCUGUGGGGAUGAGGAAGAGGAGGAAGAGGAGAGCAUUCUAGACACAGUCAUCAAAUAUCUACCUGGCCCUCUUCAAGACAUGUUCAAGAAGUAA